GCCAUGACGGGGUGUGCUGUACCCGGGAGAGUUAUCACUUUAUGCCGCCCUCUAUCGGUAACAACGAGGAAGGUGACCUGAGCUGUGUCCUCCAGUUGCAGCCACUGGCCGUUUUAUGGACACCCUAUGCAAGUGGUACUACGGUCUCGCUGGAUUUAACAAACUAGGUUUAAUGCGCAAUGACACAAUAUAUGAAUCCCCUGAUGUACAAGAAGCCAUAAGGAGGCUGCCACCCAAGGUGUAUGAUGAUAGAAUGUUCAGGAUCAAGAGAGCCUUGGACCUGGAUAUGAAGAAGACGAUCCUUCCUAAGGAACAGUGGACAAAAUACGAAGAGGAUGUCCCAUAUCUGGAGCCAUACCUGAAAGAGGUGAUCCGUGAGAGGAAAGAAAGGGAAGAAUGGAACAAGAAAUAAUAUGGCCUUCCCGGAGAUUUUUGUAAUAUUUAACACAUAUGCUCACAAUGGUGGAUUGAACUUUCUGAUCGCUCCCACUGACCUCUCUGCUAAAAUGGAGCUAAUAAAGAAACCUUUUCCUUUA